UAAAAAUAACGUUUUUGUUGUUUUUGUUUACGAUGGCGCCCGCGUAUAACUCACAUAACCAUUAAAACAACCAACUAGCAACACAUUUGUGGCUCCAAAUGUGAACGUUUUAGUUGGAGUAAAUUAAUUUUACUUGCGCAUGUCAUUUCUCGUCACGUUAUUAGCUAGUCGCAACCACAUCGUACGGCUCAUCCAAUUCAAACUUUUAAACGACAUUUUCCCGACGAGCUUUGUUAACAAUUUAAAUUAGUUGCGUAUUGGUACUAGACGAGUCAAUUAGAUCCCUCCUAUUUGUUUAGAUGAUUGUAUUGGCGAUACAGAGUUGAAUACUGUCGUUGCUUUCGCGUCAAGGAUUGCUGUCAACCGGGUGCCAAAAUGCCGAAAAAGAAGACAGGUGCCAGGAAAAAGGCGGAAAAUCGAAAGGAACGAGAGAAACAGAGCCGAGCCAACCGGGACCUGGUGGACUUGGCUAAACACCCGUGCAACGUCAACAUGGAUUGUGAUAAAUGCCAGAGAAAACAGAAGACCCGAGCAUUCUGUUACUUCUGCAAUGCUGUACAGAAACUUCCUACAUGUGCACACUGCGGCAAAACCAAAUGUAUGAAGACGUCAGACUGUGUCGUCAAACACCCAGGGAUCUACAGCACCGGGAUGGGAAUGGUGGGGGCAGUGUGUGACUUCUGUGAAGCUUGGGUGUGCCACAGCAGGAAAUGCCUGAGCACUCACGCUUGCCUGUGUCCUCUGACGGAGGCGGACUGUAUCGAGUGCGAACGCGGCGUGUGGGACCACGGCGGGCGUAUUUUUCGCUGCUCCUUCUGUCAAAACUUUCUUUGUGAAGAUGAUCAAUUCGAACACCAGGCCAGCUGCCAAGUCCUUCAAGCCGAAACAUACAAGUGCGUUUCCUGCAACAGACUGGGCCAGCACUCAUGCCUGCGUUGUAAGGCCUGCUACUGUGACGACCACGCUAAGAGCAAAGUGUUCAAGCAGGAGAAGGGGAAGGCGCCGCCAUGUCCCAAGUGUGGCCACGAGACCCAAGAGACCAAAGACCUCAGCAUGUCAACUCGCACGUUGAAAUUCGGACGCCAGGCCGGCGGUGACGACGACGAUGACGACGACUACGGAGCGUCGGGCUACGACAGCUACUGGAAGAACAUCGCGUCAGGAGGCGGAGGACGCAACUAUGACGACGACGAUGAGGAGGAAGAUGACGAUGAAGAUGACGACGAUGAAGAGGAGGAAGAGGAAGACGAGGGCGAAGAAGAAAUGGCCGCUCUUAAAUUAGAUGCAGCCGCCAAAGUCUGAAACGGGACAAGAUUUGAAUGAAAAUCAGAUGGUGGUUUUGUUACACCCUCAAACUCGUUUAACAACUUUUUGACCUCACUGUCAAAUGUUAGGACGGUGCCUGAAUAAAAUGAAUUAGCACAGAAGUAAACCAA